AUGCCUAUCGCAGUCUCGCCGACGCUGCCCAAAAAUGGCCUUACCAAGUUUACCAACUGCCGGUUGCUGAAAGGCAACGAUCUAGUUUGGGAAGACCUUUGGGUCAGCUCGGCCAAUGGCAAGAUUGUCGAUAGCCAGGCAUCCUUCUACGGUGGCCGUAAUAUGCCUGAAGAUACUAUUGAUCUCGGUGGGCGCAUCAUUGCUCCUGGUCUCAUCGAGUGUCAGCUCAAUGGCGCCUUCGGGUUCAACUUCUCAACCCUCCUCGAUGACAUGACCGAAUAUGGCAAAAACAUCCAAAAGGUCAAUCGCCUACUGGUCAGGACAGGGGUCACCUCUUACAUCCCAACCAUCACAAGCCAGCGACCGGAAUUAUACCAAAAGGCCCUCCCGUACCUUGGUCCGUCCGGGGAACUGCGGAUCCCCGGUCACGGGGCCGAAUCUCUCGGAGCUCACUGUGAAGGUCCCUUCCUGAGUCCUACCAAGAACGGAGUCCAUAAUCCCAAUGUCCUCACCGAAGCUCAAUCUAUCCAAGACAUCGAACGAUGCUAUGGUCGAGAAAAUAUGGUCCCUGGGCCUGAUGGGUCUCCAAUUCCCAUCAAGAUGAUUACUGCCGCACCUGAACGGGGACAGAUGAUGAAUCUGAUUCCGGAGAUUACAUCAAGAGACAUCAUCUACUCCAUUGGCCAUACCGAAGCAACAUACGAAGAGGCAUCUCAGGCUGUCAGUAAGGGUGCUACGAUGAUUACACACCUUUUCAAUGCCAUGCGCCCAUUGCAUCACAGGAACCCAGGAGUCUUUGGGGUUCUGGGCAAGGCCGAAAGCGUGCCGCGACCUUAUUUCGGUAUCAUCUCUGAUGGAAUCCACUUACAUCCUACAACCAUCAAAAUUGCCUACAGCGCUCAUCCAGAUGGGUUCGUCCUGGUCACAGAUGCCAUGCAUCUUGUAGGUCUCCCUGAUGGAGCUUAUCCUUGGACGAAUGGGGGAAAGACAAACAAUAUCGUUAAACGUGGUUCUAAGCUUCUUCUCGAGAACUCUGACACUAUCGCCGGAAGCUCAAUUACUUUGCUCGAGUGUGUCAACAACUUCAUGAAAUGGACGGGAGCUAGCAUCCCCCAGGCCCUUGGAGCCGUGACAUCAACACCUGCAGCUAUGCUCGGCUUGCAAGGGGUCAAGGGUACGCUAGAAUCCGGCGCUGAUGCAGAUCUGGUGAUUCUAUCAGACAGCCUUGGAAGUCAGGACGAAGUUGGAGGAUCAAGCGAAUUCCUCGUGCUUGAUGAGGUGUGGAAGUUUGGUGAGAGAGUUUUGGACUCUGCUGACGAGAGCAAGUUGAAGUAA